UUUGGAGGUGUAUAAAACACCAAAAUGCUAUUGGACCUGAUGUGGUGAUGACUGAGUGAGAUGUGAAUGUGUGAAUGCAUGGUUAUUGAGAUAUUUCACUUGACACUAAACAAUGGUCCAUUUGGUAGAUUUAAAGUUACAGUGAGGAACUCUGAUCUGGUCCUGAUCAAGUCUCAGUUUUAGUCCUGAUCCCCUAUAGACCUCCACCAGUAAACAAGACCAUCAGAGAGAAGAUGUUUUAUUUCUAUAGAGUUCUUCUUAAUGGCAUCAUCGACGCUACCGGUGGGCUUAUGAUGAAUUCAGAUGACAUCAUGCAGGUCCACCAGAACCUCCUUCAGCUCAGACUCCAGCAGAGACCAGUACACCAUGGACAGACCCAAAUUCCUCCACCAGAGACCAGUCCACUGUGGACAGACCCAGCUCCUCCAGCUGGGCAGACUGUGAGACACCACCACUUUAGUCCAUAGGGGGCGACACAAUCAUAUCAAAUAUAAUCCAGAUUCCUCUAAAGCUUUAAUAGUUCUCUGAAUAAGUGAAGACUUUGUUCUCAGGGCGUCGGUGCCUUUAUGAAGCCUCCGUGGAAGUCUGUGCAAAUGUCACAUUUCAGUCUGUCUGAACCUCCUCUGCACCACUCAGCCGUUACACACGGUCCACAUGAUGCUCCACAGAGAGAACACGCACAACUUCUGCUGCUUUCAGGGGAGAAUGUAGCUCUGAGAUAUUAGAGAUCAUCGUUUUAUACGAGCACCAAACAAAAUGUGUAGAAAAUGUGUAAAAUGUGGGUAAAACCAAUGCAGGGACAUGAGCUGCAUUGAGUUUGUUUUAGGGGCCCUGGAGAUGUUUCAUUUUAAGGCAAUUCAGAUGAUUUCAGUGAUGUCAAGAGAGUAGUUUGCAAAUAAAUUUAAAAAGUAAACACUGCAGCGAGAUAGGAGAAACAAAAAAUACUUAGAUUAACCCUGAAACAACUUGCUGUCGUGACAAGAAUGUCCAAAGUAGUUAAUGAUCAUCCACAGUGUGGAGGGCCGAUCCCACCUGGACUCAGGUAACUCACAUCACGUGCACGUGAUGUGAGUUACCUGAGACCAUGGUCUUAUUUGCGCUUGUCCUUAUGUUCAUCUUGUUUAUAUGUAAACAACCCCAAAAAAGCCCUCAGAGGCGAAGUUCCUGGUAGUUUGAUUGACACCUUGUUUCCAGGUGGGCGGGGUCGAUUCCGCCUUCGGAACCAGCUAAGUCCCGCCUCGCGGUGCGCGUCUCUGCCUUUAAAGCGAGGAACAGCCGGCGCGCCUCACCUCAGUCCCGCACGCAAUCCGAAGCCAAGCGCCAUGCAUUAACCACGCAACCUCACGCAACCUCACGCAAACACACACACACACACACACACACACACACACACACACACACACACACACACACACGCACGCGCGCGCAGAGGCGAGAGACCGCUGCCGGGCUUCCUCUCACUUCCAAGCCGAACGCGCGUCAUCGAGGCGCCGGGCGGAGACGGGCAGCCAUGGCCGGGGACGGGUCCGACCAGCGGGCGCUGCAGUAUGAACAAACUCUGAUGUAUGGCCGCUACACCCAGGAGCUCGGGGCGUACGCCAAAGAGGAGGCGGCUCGGCUGAGGGAGAGCGGCCAGCGGGGGGGCCGCCCCCUGGACCUGCUGGAGUACAAGGGACGCUGCGCCAAGUGUCGCAGGUCAGGGUACCCGUAUGUUCUCCCAGCUCCAGCCAAGGACUUUGUCUCCGUCUGCACGGUGCGCUGUCAGAAGUUCCUGAUCUCGCGGGUCGGGGAGGACUGGAUCUUCCUCAUCCUGCUGGGACUCCUCAUGGCCCUGGUCAGCUGGAUGAUGGACUUCUGCAUCGCCAUCUGUCUACAAGCACAGAAGUGGAUGUACGGGGGUCUGGACAGUAACGUGUUCCUGCAGUAUCUGGCCUGGGUCACGUACCCCGUGGUCCUCAUCACCUUCUCAGCCGGCUUCACGCAGAUCCUCGCGCCCCAAGCUGUUGGGUCCGGCAUCCCAGAAAUGAAGACCAUCCUGAGAGGAGUUGUGCUGAAGGAAUACCUGACCUUCAAAACCUUAGUGGCCAAGGUCAUCGGCCUCACCUGCGCUCUGGGCAGCGGCAUGCCGCUGGGCAAAGAGGGUCCGUUCGUGCACAUCGCCAGUCUGUGCGCCGCUCUGCUCAGCAAGUUCAUGUCUCUGUUUGGAGGGAUUUACGAGGAGCCCAGUCUCGCCGGUAUCAAGAACGAGUCGAGGAACAUCGAGAUGCUGGCGGCGGCGUGCGCCGUGGGCGUGGGCUGCUGCUUCGCCGCCCCCAUCGGAGGAGUGUUGUUCAGUAUUGAAGUAACAUCCACGUUUUUCGCGGUGAGGAACUACUGGAGAGGUUUCUUUGCUGCUACCUUCAGUGCCUUCAUCUUCAGAGUGCUGGCCGUGUGGAACCGGGACGAAGAGACCAUUACGGCCCUUUUUAAAACACGCUUCCGGCUCGACUUCCCCUUUGACCUCCAGGAGCUUCCCGCCUUCGCCGUCAUCGGCAUUGCCAGUGGUUUCGGGGGGGCGUUAUUUGUCUACCUGAACCGGCUGAUUGUCCAGUUCAUCAGGAAACAGAAGGCCAUCAACAGAUUCCUCAUGAAAAAGCGCCUGCUGUACCCGGCGCUGGUCACGUUGCUGAUUUCCACACUAACGUUCCCACCCGGCUUUGGACAGUUCAUGGCAGGCAAGUUGACCCAGAAGGAGUCCCUGGUCACUCUGCUGGACAACCGGACGUGGGCCAAGCAGGGCAUCGCCGAGGAGUUCGACUACAUCGGACACUCGCAGGCCUGGACGCACCCGCAGGUCAACGUCUUUGUCACCCUGGUCCUCUUCAUCGUCAUGAAGUUCUGGAUGUCUGCUCUGGCCACCACCAUCCCGGUGCCCUGCGGAGCCUUCAUGCCGGUGUUUGUCAUCGGGGCGGCCUUCGGUCGUCUGGUCGGAGAGAGCAUGGCAGCCUGGUUCCCAGAUGGCAUCAACACAGAUGGCACCAUCUACCCCAUCGUCCCGGGAGGCUACGCCGUCGUGGGUGCGGCGGCCUUGUCGGGCGCUGUCACCCACACGGUGUCCACGGCGGUCAUCGUGUUCGAGCUGACCGGUCAGAUCUCCCACAUCCUGCCGGUGAUGAUCGCCGUGAUCCUGGCCAACGCCGUGGCCCAGUCGCUGCAGCCGUCGCUCUACGACUCCAUCAUCCGCAUCAAGAAGCUGCCCUACCUGCCCGAGCUCGGCUGGGGGCACCACGAGAAAUACAACAUUCGGGUGGAGGACAUCAUGGUGCGGGACGUUCGCUACAUCACCCUGAACUGCUGCUACAGGGACCUGCACAACGUGCUGCUGACGGGUCACCUCAAGACGCUGGCGCUGGUGGAGUCGGCCGACUCCAUGAUCCUGUUGGGCUCCAUUGAGCGAGCCCAGCUGCAGGCGCUGCUCUCCCUGCAGCUGGGCCGCCCCAGGCGCCUGGACUUCAUCAGGGAGCGAGCCGUGGGGGAGAAGAGGCGCCUCUCAGUGGCGUCCGACACGGGCAGCAAGGACGGCGGCCGCCGGGCCAGUCUGGAGGUCCGCUUCCAGAUCUCCACUGAGGAGUCCACCUUCAGCCCAGUUCGUCCAGUUUCUCAGAAGCCCCUCAAACCUGCGCUGAAGAAGCCCUCCGUGGUGGAGCCGCCCGCCGAGAUCCCCCAAAUCCCAGAUGAGAAUUCUGGCAUUGCUUUAAAGAACCUGUUCUGCACCAGUCCAGAGAAAGAAGGCCUGGAGAAAAACAACAACGUGGAGAGCCCCACGUCUCCUGAGCUCAGGAAGCCCUCCAAACGAGUCCGGAUAUCCGUAGUGGAGCCACCCCCCAACUUAAAGAGUUUCCAAUGGGACGACGUGGAUGUGGAGGACGACAUGACGAUUAGAGAGAUCGCAGAGUGGGAGGAGCAGCAGCUUGAUGAGCAGGUCAACUUCAGCAACUGCAAGAUCGACCCCGCCCCCUUCCAGCUGGUGGAGCGCACGUCUCUGCAUAAGACGCACACCAUCUUCUCCCUGCUGGGCCUCGACCACGCCUACGUCACCAGCAUCGGGCGCCUCAUCGGGGUGGUGUCCCUCAAGGAGCUUCGCAAAGCCAUUGAGGGCUCCGUGACAGUGAAGGGGGUGAAGGUGCGUCCUCCUCUGGCCAGCUUCCGGGACAGCGGCACCAGCAGCAGCGAGAACGAGGCCACCGAGCUCCACAAGCUGUGGGAUCGCCACAAGAGCAUGUCGCUGCCCCAAGACCACGCCCCCUCCGAGUCCGACGAGAAGUCCCAGUGAGGGGGGUGCGAACGAGGUGGAGAAGAUGAGAUGUUUAAUCUCCCAGAGCCCACGGGAACUGCAAGAAUCCUCAGAGCCAUAGGAUCAAUAUUUAAUUGUGGAAAGAGUCCUCCUGUUCGCCUCUUUGUGACUCCUUGUCUCCUCUACUCUUCUCCACGUGGACCCCACCAGUGCUCUCCUCCCACCUCUGACUAAAGAGAGGAGCACAGCUCCACCUUCUCCGUUUUCGCUGUCGAAAGGGAUUAUUUGUUUUUAGCAGACGUCGCUGAUCUUUUUUGAGUUGCGAUCAAAGCUUCGCAGCUUCUUCCUCUUUGAAGUCUUCCACUCUAAAUGAAAGCAUGAGAAGCAACGUUAGCAAGAUUAGUUGCAUUAGCAAGAUUGGUAACGUUAGCAAGAUUAGUUGCAUUAGCAAGAUUGGUAACGUUAGCAAGAUUAGUUGCAUUAGCAAGAUUGGUAACGUUAGCAAGAUUAGCAACGUUAGCAAAGUUACCUACCAACAUUUUUUUCUUAUUGCCUUUAGACACGGCAUUUUUCUUCCAGCUAAACUGUUUUUAUUUCCAACUGAAGGGGAUGAACUGGAAUGGCGCCGUAGUCUUUGUCCAAACGCUGGACCUGGGGGGGGGGGGGGUCUUCUUUCCUUUGUAAGUCUGCUGGUCUUUUCACAGUCUAUGCAAGUAGUAAAGUACGCUCCAUUCUUUGGGGGGACAAGAUGGCGCCGAUGCACUCCUGGAGACAAUGUUUUUCUGCUUAUCUAAAUAUAGCUCUUAAUUACCAUUCAAGAGAAGGUGGGGUACAUGAG